CUUGAUUGGUCGACAGAACAUCCAUUGUUACUGACGUGUCUUGCAGUCAGAGCAUCCUUCCGUCAUGGCGUCUGUUUGGACUAAGUUCUUCGUUCACCUGCCUGUGUUGUCUGUUUUCUUCCUCUUGCUGCUAUGUCUGCCGCCGGGGGGAGGACAAAAGAAGAAAGAGAAUCUGCUAUCGGAGAAGGUUGACCAGAUGAUGGAGUGGUCCUCUCGGCGUUCGGUCGUCCGGAUGAACGGAGACAAGUUCCGUCGCUUUGUCAAGGCCCCACCCAGGAACUACUCUGUCAUCGUCAUGUUCACUGCCCUGCAGCCUCAAAGGCAGUGUUCUGUCUGCAGGCAGGCGAAUGAGGAGUACCAGGUCCUGGCAAACUCGUGGCGUUACUCAUCUGCGUUUUCCAACAAGCUCUUCUUCACAGUAGUGGACUAUGAUGAGGGAGCUGAUGUAUUCCAACAGUUGAACAUGAACAGCGCUCCAACCUUCAUGCAUUUCCCGGCUAAGGGAAAGCCCAAGAGAGCUGAUACGUUUGACCUGCAAAGAAUUGGCUUUGCUUCAGAGCAGCUCGCCAAGUGGAUUGCAGACCGCACGGAUGUUCAGAUUCGUGUAUUCCGUCCUCCUAAUUAUUCAGGCACUAUUGCUUUGGCUCUGUUGGUGUCACUGGUUGGAGGUCUGCUGUAUCUGAGGAGAAACAACUUGGAAUUCAUUUACAACAAGACUGGAUGGGCUAUGGCUGCACUGUGUGUAGUUUUUGCGAUGACAUCCGGUCAGAUGUGGAACCACAUCAGAGGUCCUCCUUACGCCCACAAAAACCCCCAGAAUGGACAAGUGAGUUAUAUUCAUGGCAGCAGUCAGGCUCAGUUUGUGGCUGAGUCUCACAUCAUCCUUCUUCUGAAUGCUGCAAUCACCAUGGGGAUGGUGCUACUAAAUGAGGCUGCCACCUCCAAGGGAGACGUUGGCAAGAGACGAAUCAUCUGCCUGGUUGGCCUUGGCCUGGUGGUGUUUUUCUUCAGCUUCCUGCUCUCCAUUUUUAGGUCCAAGUACCAUGGAUACCCCUACAGCUUCCUUAUUAAGUGAAAGAAGACUGAAGAGGAGGUCAGAGGAUGGCGAAGAGGCAGUAGGUGAGGAGAAGAGGACUC